AGAGCUUUAAGGAGGCCAAAGUGGUGACUCGUCAAGGGGGCGUCAUUGUGGAGUCUAUGGCGAAAGAAAUCGAAAUGAUGAUGGAUCUGAAAGUCAGCGCCGUGCGUCGCAUUAUGGAUACCGCUGAGAAUACGGCGCUGUCGCAUCAAAAUGAUAUGGCGGACAAGAUGUUCUCGUACUACAAUGCCAAAUCGAUGGCGGAGCCAGGUGAACCAACACCGCCGGCACCAACGACACCGCCGGAUAUGGACGAUCAGAUCGGCGAGCCGCUGAUCUAUGUGCCGCCCAAAGUUCUAGUGCUGGAGCCGAGGCCGGAGUUUCACAAUACGCCGGUCAACUUCAGCGUCAGUUCGGUCCAUGUGCCGGUGAAUGUGUUCGAUCGAGCAUCGGAUGUUAUAAAAGCGAUUCAAUGGUCGGAGAAUUUGGAUCAGAUAUUUCGUGAUAAUUAUAAAAACGAUCCAAGUUUGUCGUGGCAAUUUUUUGGCAGUUCGACAGGCUUUAUGCGUCAAUUCCCUGCAUCGAAAUGGAAGAAGGACGUACCGGUUGAUCUAUACGAUUGCCGUUUACGCUCUUGGUACAUGGAGGCGGCGACAAGUCCAAAGGAUAUUAUUAUCCUAAUGGAUGGAUCUGGUUCAAUGUUGGGACAGAGGCUAGAUAUCGCAAAGCAUGUUGUCAAUACUAUACUUGAUACAUUAGGUACAAAUGACUUUGUGAACAUCUUCACCUUUGAUAAGGAAGUGAGCCCAGUUGUCGGAUGUUUCGAGGAUACACUGAUUCAAGCAAAUCUGGGCAACAUACGUGAACUAAAAGAAGGGAUUGAAUCGUUUAAACCCAAAUCGAUUGCCAAUUAUACCGCUGCAUUGACAAGGGCCUUCGAGAUAUUGGAAGAGACGAAGAUAAAUUCGCGCGGCGCGCAAUGCAAUCAGGCGAUUAUGAUCAUUGGUGAUGGGGCACCCGAAAAUAAUCAAGAGGUCUUCCAAUUGCACAAUUGGCGCGACCCGCCGUAUAGGCCGGUGCGCGUGUUCACCUAUCUGAUUGGCAAAGAGGUGGCGAAUUGGGAUGAUAUACGGUGGAUGGCAUGCGAGAAUCAGGGCUAUUAUGUGCACCUCAGCGAUACGGCUGAGGUGCGCGAAAUGGUAUUAAAUUAUAUACCAGUUAUGGCUAGACCUCUGGUAUUGGGUAGGCAUGAUCAUCCGGUCAUAUGGACGCAGGUCUAUGCRGACCUCGAGGAUACCAAACUUUCCGACUAUCUGUGGGAUAUCAAGCAGUGCGAGGAGCAGAAGGCCGAUGUUCUGGAAUAUUGGAAGGUACACGAUCGCAUGCUGGAGCCAGCCGAAAUGCACAGGCGCGAGUAUCGACGCAUGAAGGAGACCUGGAACCAACCAGUAGACUCCAAUGUCUAUCAAUUUAUGACCACCGUCUCCAUGCCCAUUUACGAUCGUCGCGAAAACGCGCUCAUUAAUCUAACGACCGAUAUAAAUCCGGCUGCGAAAAUAAACCUUCAAGUUGUGAGUAAAUUGUUUCUAAAUUUAAGCAACAAUUGCAAAAAAAAAAAAAGAUGACAACAAAUU